ACUUCUUUCCUGGGCAUGGAGUCCUGUGGCAUCCAUGAAACCACCACCUUCAACUCCAUCAUGAAGUGUGAUGUGGACAUCCACAAAGACCUGUAUGCCAAUACAGUGCUGUCUGGUUGUACCACCAUGUAUCCAAGCAUAGCUGACAGGAUGCAGAAAGAGAUCACAGCCUUAGCACCCAGCACAAUGGGGAUUAAGAUCAUUGCUCCCUCUGAGCACAAGUACUCAGUCUGGAUUGGAGGUUCCAUCCUGGCCUCACUGUCCACCUUCCAGCAGAUGUGGGUCAGCAAGCAGGAGUAUGAUGAGUCUGGCCUCUCCAUUGUCCACCACAAAUGCUUCUAGAUGGACUGAGCAGGUUCCAGGCAUCUGCUGCAUGAGCUGAUUCUGAAGUAUCGAUUUGCCCUGGCAAAUGUACACACCUCAUGCUAGCCUCAUGAAACUGGAAUAAAUGUUUGAAAAGAAA